AUGGAAACUAUAUUAAAAAAUCGGUUUUUAAAAGAGUAUGAUUUCAGUUACUUUAUCAAUAAGCAGAAAAUCGGCGAAGGAGCGUUUGGAAUCGUAUUUAAGUCAGAAUGGAGCAUUGGAGACCUUGUUGCUUUAAAACGUCUGAAAACCAAUGCUAAUUCAAAAUAUGAAGAGGCUUUUAUUAAUGAGUCUAUCCCUAGUCUGAAGUUGCCAGUUGCAACUUCAAGUAUUUAA